GUCCUAGGGGAUCGGUGGAUAUAGUGAAUGCGGGGUCUGGGAGAAGAUCGUAUAUAGUGAAAUGCGGGGUCCGGGGAGAACCUUUGGAUUAAAGCUGAAUGCGGGGUCCUUGGCGACCGGUAUAUAUGAAUGCGGGGUCCGGGGAGACCAGAUAUAGUGAAUGCAGGGUCGGGGGAGAGCGGAUAUAGUGAAUGCGGGGUCCGGGGAGACCGGAAUAAUAGUGAUCUGCUGGUGGUCGGGGAGAGAGGAUAUAGUGAAUACGGGGUCCGGGCGGGGAGACGAGAUAUAGUGAAUGCGGGGUCCGGGGAGACGAGAUAUAGUGAAUGCUGGGGGUGGGGGAGACCAGAUAUAGUGAUGCGGGGUCGAGGUGGCGACACGAAUAUAGUGAAUGCGGGUGGUCCGGGAUGGACCAGAUAUAGUGAAUGCAGGUUCUGGUGGUGGUUUAAG